UGGCUCUCUGACAGGAAGAAAAGAGCUUUACAGAAGAAAGAUGUCGAUAUUCGUAGAAGAAUUGAACUUAUUCAAGACUUUGAGAUGCCCACAAUUAGCACAAAGAUUAAGGUGUCAAGAGAUGGACAGUAUAUUAUGGCAGUUGGAACUUACAAGCCAAGGAUCCGCUGUUUUGAUACCUACCAGUUAUCCCAGAAAUUUGAAAGGUGCUUAGAUUCCGAAGUGGUUACAUUUGAGAUUUUAUCAGAUGAUUACUCAAAGAUUGUCUUCUUGCAGUGUGACAGAUUUGUGGAGUUUCAUUCACAGCAUGGUCACUACUACAGAACAAGAAUACCAAAAUUUGGUAGAGAUUUUUCUUACCACUAUCCAUCAUGUGACCUGUAUUUUGUAGCAGCAAGUUCUGAAGUAUACAGACUAAACCUGGAACAAGGAAGGUUUCUGAACUCCUUGCAGACUGAUGCUUCUGAGAAUAAUGUCUGUGACAUAAAUCCUACACACUUCUUGUUUGCUGCAGGGACAGCUGAGGGCAAGGUGGAAUGCUGGGACCCUAGAACUAGAAAUCGAGUUGGGGUGUUGGAUUGUGCUUUAAGCAGUGUGACAGCAGACACAGAGAUAGAUGGUUUACCAUCCAUUUCAGCACUGAAAUUUAAUGGAGCUUUGAAUAUGGCCGUCGGAACAUCUACUGGGCAGGUUUUAUUGUAUGAUCUCAGGUCCAGUAAUCCAUUAAUAAUCAAAGAUCACCAGUAUGGGCUGCCUAUUAAGUCAAUUCAGUUUCAACAUCAGUUAGAUUUAAUUAUCUCUGCAGAUUCUCGAAUCAUAAAAAUGUGGAACAAAGAUACAGGGAAGAUAUUUACUUCAAUGGAGCCAGAACAUGAUAUCAAUGAUGUCUGUCUUUAUCCAAAUUCAGGAAUGCUAAUGACUGCCAAUGAAGCCCCUAAAAUGAAUAUCUAUUAUAUGCCA